GCUUCCAGGUCAAAACCAUGGUCUCGUCAGUGUCGCUGCCUGGGGUGGAGGGGCGGCUGGGCAUUCUCCGGGGCCAUGCGCCCAUGCUUGCGCCCCUGGCCUACGGGCUGCUCCGGUAUCGCCGGCAGGGGGAGUGGGUGCCCAUGGUACUCCGCGGCGGCUUUGCCACCGUGCAAAACAACGUGGUCACUAUCUUGACCACCGCCUGCGAGCGGAAGAAUGAGAUACCUGUGAUCGAGGAUGCCCGGCAAGCGCUGGAAGAGGCAACGAACGCCUUUACCGAGGCAUCCACAAGGACGGAGCGGCUGGCGGCGGCGGAUGCCUUGAAGCUGGCCUCUGCCCGUCUGCAG